GGGGGGUGUCCGGACAAAUUUGAAGCGAGAGACAACCAAGUCACCAAUUUGGGCGUCGAAGCCGAGUGUCUCACCCCUUGCAUGUCCCUUUGUCUAAGAAGAAAAGAGUGCCUUCUUGGUGUUUGUCUUCUCUCUCUCUCUCUCGAUGCCGCCCAUCAAGAAGACGAAGUUCAAGAAGAAGAAGCAGAAGCACAAGAAACCGCAGAAGCCGUCGAAAUGCGGAGGCACAGGCGUUACUGCAGAGGUGAAGGCCUCGGAAUCCGAUUGGUGGGAAGCGUUCUCAGCCAAGAUGUCUUCAUCGGGGCCAAGGAUCUCGGAUGAAGAAGAGAAGUUCAAGCAUUUUUUCAGAGUGUCGAAGAAGACAUUCGAAUAUAUUUGUUCGCUUGUCAGAGAAGACCUGAUCUCAAGGCCACCAUCAGGCCUCAUUAACAUUGAAGGCAGGCUUUUAAGUGUUGAGAAACAGGUGGCUAUAGCUCUAAGGAGGUUAGCUUCGGGAGAAUCCCAGGUCUCUGUGGGAGAUGCAUUUGGCGUUGGACAAUCAACAGUCUCUCAGGUAACGUGGCGGUUCAUUGAGUCCAUGGAGGGGCGUGCAAAACACCAUUUACAGUGGCCUGAUGCUGAAACAAUUGAGAGGAUCAAGGCAGGAUUUGAAGCAGCUUUCGGGAUGCCAAAUUGUUGUGGUGCCAUCGAUGCAACUCACAUCAUCAUGACCCUUCCUGCAGUUGAAACUUCAGAAGAAUGGUGCGACCAUGAGAGAAAUUACAGUAUGUUUCUCCAAGUGGUGGUGGAUAACAAGAUGAGGUUUCUAGAUAUUGUGACUGGCUGGCCUGGAAGCAUGGCAACCUCUCAGCUUCUCAAAUUUUCAGGAUUUUACAAGCUCUGCCAGAGCGGCGAACGGCUGAAUGGUUCAACCAAACUACUCCCUAAUGGAGCACAAAUAAGGGAGUACAUUGUUGGGAGUGCAGCUUAUCCUCUACUUCCGUGGCUUAUAACCCCUUAUGAGAGGGAGAGCCUAUCCACUGCAAUGGUGAAUUUCAAUUCAAAGCACAAGCCUGCAAUGCUGCUUGCACAGGGAGGCUUGGCGCAGUUGAAGUGUGGUUGGAGAAUUCUUCACAAGGCUAUGUGGAGACCAGACAAGCACAAGCUGCCCAGCAUAAUCUUAGUAUGUUGCCUAUUGCAUAAUAUCAUUAUGGACACCGGGGACACAUUGCAGCCAGACAUUGCCGUCUCCGAUCACCAUGAUCCAGGAUACAAACAGCAAUAUUGCCAGGAAGUCGAUACAUUAGGGCAAUCCAUGAGAAAUGAUCUGUCGCGGUACUUGUGAUUAGUAUACAAGGUUAUAAUACAGUGGUGGGGUAAGAGCAGACUCAUCUUUCCCGUUCAUCAACGUUUUGCUGCUGUGUUGUUCUGGAUUGUGAACCAUGAGGAUUCAUCGAAUGAAAGUGGUACGAUAGGCAAACUCAGUUCCUUUAUCUGAAAUGCCCGUUCCAUAUGAUAGUUA